CAUGGCCACUCCCCAGUCUCACUGGUGAAAGAGGAGCCCUGUGUUUUUAGACAAUUCCUCUUACUGCUCCCAUCAUGGCCGUGCAUCUGGCCCAGAGUGCGAUGCAGAGGAGCGGCCGCUGGCUCCUGCUGUGCUCCAUAGCCCCAGCUCUGGUCUCCACCAGGUGGGUAGGAGGCACCCGUUCUCCCGCCAACACCCUACCAUCCACCUCCCAGAGUAAGAUUCGGACUGCAGAUGACCUCCCCAGGAUCAAAACCCGGGAUAUGUUUUACAGAAUGUUUGUCAAAGGCUACUACAACCGCCUACAUGAGCUACAGGUGUAUGAGAAACAGCUGUACGGCCCCAUGUACAAAAUGGGCAUGGGCAAGUUUCACUCCAUCGCCCUCAACAGUGUGGAGCUCCUGGAGGAGCUACUUAGGAAGGGUGAGAAGUUCCCCAGCCGAGGAGAUAUGUCCCUCUGGACAGAGUACCGGGACCUGAGAGGCAUCGGCUAUGGCCCCUUUACUGAGGAAGGGGAAAAGUGGUACAAGCUGCGGACUGUGCUGAACAAGCGCAUGAUGCACCCCAAAGACUCGGUGCAGUACGGAGACGUUGUCAACGAGGUGGUCAGUGACCUGAUCAAGAGGAUCUACCACCUGCGCCGGAUAAGUCCAUCGGGAGACCUUGUGACCAACCUGUCCAAUGAGCUCUACCGAUUCUCUCUGGAGGGAAUCUCUUCCAUCCUGUUUGAGACACGGAUCGGCUGUCUGGAGGAAGAGAUCCCGGUAGAGACGCAGGACUUCAUCGACUCCAUCGCUCAGAUGUUCUCCUACAGCAUGCCGGUGGCCAUGCUGCCUAAGUGGAGCCGCAACAUCCUGCCAGUCUACAGGCACUACAUCGCUGGCUGGGAGGGCAUCUUCAAAUUCUCUGGGAAGUUGAUUGACAUGAAGAUGGAGGCAAUUCAGAAGCGAGUGGAUACAGACCAGGAAGUCGAGGGAGAAUAUUUAACGUACCUCCUCUCCAACACCAAGAUGACCAACAAAGAGGUGUACGGCAGCGUCACUGAGCUGUUAUUGGCUGGAGUGGACACGACAUCCAAUACCAUGAUGUGGGCCAUGCACCUGCUGUCCAGGUACCCCAAUGCGCAGGACACCCUUUAUCAGGAGGUGUCCCACUGCGUACCAGGAGACAAGAUCCCAUCUGCCCAAGACGUUAACCGUAUGCCGUACCUCAAGGCCGUCAUCAAGGAAGCACUGAGAAUGUACCCUGUGGUCCCGAUGAAUGCACGCAUCAUGAUAGAGAAUGAUAUCAUAAUUGGAGGACAUUUCUUUCCCAAGAAGACUUCGUUUACAAUGUGUCACUAUGCCACCAGCCAGGAUGAAAAGACAUUCCCAGAACCAUCAAAGUUCAAGCCUGAACGAUGGUUGAGGGAUGGCCGAGUUCGACCAAACCCAUUUGGCUCUAUACCAUUUGGGUUUGGGGUUCGGGGCUGUGUAGGUCGUCGUAUAGCUGAACUGGAGAUGUACUUGGCUCUGUCACGGAUAAUCAAGCUGUUUGAAAUCAGACCGGACCCCAGCAUAGGAGAGGUGAAAGCCCUCAAUCGCACCGUCUUAGUAGCAGACAGACAAGUCAAUCUGCACUUCGUGGAGAGGACAAACAGAGCUGCGCUUUGAUUUGUUAAAGCUGGGUGAUAGCCAUGUACCCAAGUAGCAAUGCUAUAAAGGCCUUCAAUAUAUCUAUCGUUGAAUUUAAAUAAACAUACAUAAAUAGGUUGACAUUGCAUUGGAAGCAGGGGGAAGCUGGACUGAAACGGCAACUUGUUACACUCCAACCUAAUACUGUUGUAUUGAAGGUUUGUUUUUGUAGUUUCUGGGGUUCAGCUUCACUUCACUACUUAUGUUGGUCAUUCUGGAAAGGCUUUACAAUGGCUUAUUAUUAUGUACAAUAUGAAUUUCUGUAUCUAGACCAAACUAUAUCAAGACCAAACUAUUCUCUAUUUUGUUGAUGAAAAUGUAUUUUCUUACUAUGGAAAAUAUUUUCUGUUUCUGUCAAUAAAUUCACUACAGUGAUGUUGUAGUUCUUGAUAUCUGCGUCCCCCUCUGUGUGUGUGAGUAGGCCUGCUUUAAAAUUAAAAUAAAAACGUACUAUGUAUACCUCA